CGGCGCGGCCGCGGCCGACAUACGCCCGCCUGAUCACGGGCGAGAGACAUUUGUGAAAUAAUGCCAUUGAACACCCGCCGAAUUCGACAGUGAAUGCGGCGUGCACAGAGAUGCCGCUCAAAUGAGUAGUAGUGCGGUACACCGAAUACAUCUCGCGUCGGCUUCGAAUCAUCACGACAAUGUGCCAAUGGAUUGUGACUAUAAUUUACGUGGUUCUCAUCGCAUCGAAUUCGGCGGCAAGGAAAAUAAGCUCACCGGACUCCGCUACGCUUGAUAACCAUGUGUCAUCAGGCAACAGGACGCAGCGUUUUCUGUUCGAUGCGAUUUUUGGUUUGGAGGUGCCUAUUCUAGAAGAGCAGAGCGUGGAAGAGGAAGACGAUGAUUCUACUGUCAAGAAUUGUUCAUGCGAGUGCGGUGGCUCCAAUCAGGAGAACCGCAUCGUGGGAGGCAUGCCGGCAGGUACCAAUCGGUAUCCGUGGAUGGCGCGGAUCGUAUACGACGGACAAUUCCACUGUGGCGCUUCUCUACUUACCAAGGACUAUGUACUGACGGCUGCACACUGUGUCAGGAAGCUGAAGCGUUCUAAAAUUCGUGUGAUCCUCGGUGACCACGAUCAGACUAUAACGACUGAGAGCGCGGCCAUCAUGCGUGCGGUCACCGCCAUAGUGCGUCACCGGAGCUUCGACGCAGACUCUUACAAUAACGACAUAGCUUUGCUCAAGUUACGCAAACCCGUCAGCUACUCGAAGAUCAUCAAGCCAAUCUGCUUACCACCUUCAAGUAUGCAAUCAAAACGAAAAUGUCAUCUUUAUCGAAAGUUUCAAUAUUUGUAACAAUAUUUCUUUCGGCUGUUUGGGUGGAUGCUUGAACAUUAAUGAGAGUACGCUCUGCAGUAGCGAAAAGUAACAAGUGCUUGAAAGAUUCGUCAGUCCUGUUAGGUCCUGUGUAGCUCAGUGGUUAGAGCAGUCGCCCGGAUCACGAAAGGUCGUGGGUUCGAUUCCCAUCUCAGGGUGCCAGGUCCCAUUUCAGGACCAAGUGGAUUUUGUAAGCAUAUUGUAUUAAGAAUAAUGUUAAUCGAUUCUAAUCAUUUGAUACCUUGAGAUAAUGAGAAUAAUAGUUAACUACUUUAUUGGUGCCACGUACUUAAUUUUUAUCGAGCCCCGAAAUUUCAGCGCUCCACCAUGAUCAUGGAAUAACUGAAUAUCGCGUCUGGAUAUUAUUGCCAGGUAUAUCGAUUUACCCUCUUUCGAGUCCUCUCAAGUUGAUCUUGCGGAUCAUGACGCUUUAUAUUUAACUAGCUUUCCGCCAGCGGCUUUACCUGCGUGGUCCCUAGAGAACUAUUUAUUUUUCAUGACACGGAUAUAAUUCUUAAAUAAUUACAAUAACAAAUUGAAUAGUAAAACAGUGAUUACUAUGGUAACGUUUAAGUUCCCUACACAAACUUCCACUUCCAUUUUUAUCCCUUUAUUUGUUGUUUUUCGGUAUAAAAUAUAGCCUAUGUUCACCUCAUAUGGUGAAGCUUCCCAUAGGCAAAAGAAUUUUUAAAAUCGGUCCAGUAGUUUUGCAAUCUAUUUGUCGCAAGCAAACAAAUAAAUAACAACUAAUAAAUAAACAUUUAUUGCAUUCAUUUUUGCAUUCACAUAACCUUUGAUUUAACGUUUAUUUAAUACUAGCUUUUGCCCGCGGCUUCGUCCGCGUGGUAAAGUUACUUUGAGCAGCAUUUCUAAUGAAUAUUUAUUCAUUAUAUAGUGUAAAAUACCUGAAAUAAAGUUCCAUCCCCUAUUUCAUUCUCUUGGGGGUACAUAUAUAAUAAAUAAAAUUGGAGAUUCUACUAUAUUUAACUCUUAAUUAAGUUACGAACUUUUAUCAUUGAAUUUGUGUUUAUGAUAUUACUUAUUUCAAUUCAAUUCUCCGGACCUGUUGAGCGGUUAUCUAAAACGCCUGAUAUUUUAUCGCAUGCAUGA